GGGCGGCGCGCCGGGAGAGGGCCGGGAAGAGAGAACCGCUGGGCUCUGGGGACCUGCGGGGCCGUGCCGAGGCAGCACCAGUGCACGCGGCCUGGCGGCACAGAGCGCAGUCGCAGCUCUCCGCCCGGCGGACAAGUGAGAGUACGGGGCCCCGGGGGGCCGGAACCUCGCGCAGACGCCUGGAGCUUCGCUUCCGAAGGCGGAGGGCUGAGUCCUUCCGCUGCUUCUCCCCAGGGCCUGCGCUGCCCGCAGUAUUGUUGGCGUUGCUGAGGAGAGUGACCACAGCUGAAAGCCUGCAGCUCGCCACGCUGAAUCCUGUGCCCAUGAUUAACAGCAGACCCUCCCUCUGGUAGUAGUCAGAAGGGAAGAAUCCAUCUUCUUAGAACAUGGCAGGCAAGAAAGUGCUCAUUGUCUAUGCUCACCAAGAACCCAGGUCUAUCAACGGCUCCUUGAAGAAAGUGGCAAUGGAAGAGCUCAGCAGACAGGGCUGCACCAUCACCGUGUCUGACCUGUACGCCAUGGACUUCGAGCCGCGGGCCACCAGGAAAGAUGUCAUCGGUGCUCUCUCUAAUCCCGAGUUCUUCAACUAUGGGGUGGAAGUAUAUGAAGCCUUUAAGAAGAGGUCUCUGGCCAGUGACAUAACUGACGAACAGAAAAAGGUUCAGGAAGCUGAUCUAGUGAUAUUUCAGUUCCCGCUGUACUGGUUCGGCAUGCCGGCUAUCCUGAAGGGUUGGAUGGACAGGGUGCUGUGUCAGGGCUUUGCCUUUGACAUCCCAGGAUUCUACGAUUCCGGUUUUCUCAAGAAUAAAUUGGCCCUCCUCUCGUUAACCACGGGGAGCACAGCCGAGAUGUACACGAGAACCGGAGUCAGCGGAGAUUUCCGGUACUUCCUGUGGCCCCUCCAGCAUGGGGCACUGCACUUUUGUGGAUUUAAAAUCCUCGCCCCUCAGAUCAGUUUUGCUCCUGAGAUUGCCUCAGAAGAAGAGAGGACGGCUAUGGUGGCGUCCUGGGCCCAGCGGCUGAAAACCAUCUGGGAGGAAGAGCCCAUCGACUGCACGCCUCCUUGGUACUUCGGGCAAUGACACUUCGCGCCUUAUCCACGGCACAGGCACUGCCUGCACAUGCAAAGAGAUGAUCCCGUAAUAAAAGGAAAUUACAACAGAGUGAGCUGGAGGUAGUUAAUGUCGGGUAGGACCGGGUGUCCUACAGCCGAUCCAGCAUUUCAGCCGUCCGCUGGUUACCCGGAAUUCUGUUCCAACGAGGCCGUUAUUCACCCGGGCUUGCUUUUCUCUUCUGAUGUCUUUCCAUCUCCCUGUGUUCAACCUUUGUGGGUAUCUUGUUCUCAAACAGUUCUCCUGGUGUGGCAUAGUUUUUUCCUUUUGUUUUAUUUCAUAACUCAACUUGGGAAUUUCUGUUUUUUCAUAGGAAGGUUGAAUAUUUGAUAGCCAGUGUUGGAGGGCUGUGUUUGGACUUCUUUCUUCCAUCUCUCUCUCUUUUUUUUUUUUGUACGUGCAUGCAUGAUGGCUUUGAAGUUAAUCCAUUUGUAAAGUCGCUGCAUGGAGGUUACCGUGAAAGUCUCCCAGCGUCACUCUGAUGCGUUCACAUGACACUACCAGUAAUUACCCUGAGUGGAGGCACCUGUAGCAGGAGGGGUCUCCCUGAAAUCAGGUUUAAGAGAUUAAAUCUCCUCCUCCUCCUCAAUCAUCACUUCCGAGGAUGGAGCCACUGCCUGCGCACAGGGACCAUCCUUCCUUAACGUCCCCAGUGCCACCCACAGUCCCCUUGUUGGACUGGCCACACAGCUUGUACCUGGACUCUGCUCAUCACACUCCUUCGAGCUGGCACCCUCAUCCUUGAGCAGCCUGUCCCCUGCUCCGCCACCGCCUCCCUCUUCCUUAGCAUCUCCAAACCCUUUUCCAUCUGCCUUUUCUUCCUCCUGUUUUCCACCUAGUGCAUAAUCACACACUUUCCUGUGUGCAUCUCCUUCCUCCUCAUCUGAAUCCCCACGGCCUUCCCCACCAGACACUCCCUCAGAGCCACCAUCCGCAGAUGCUCAGCUUUCAGGACUGUUCCUUCCUCUUUUUUUUCAACACCAUUUUCCUCUAGUUAUUUUUUUGGAGCCCUCUUCAAAAUCCUUUUCAGAGCAAUCUUCCAAUUCUCUUUCCAAGACGUCUUCCUUUUCAGAUUUUCAGGGUCACCUUCAGACUUUUUUCAAAUUCUUCAGUCUUUUUUGAGGUAUUCUUUCGAGACCAUGAUUGGAACUGCCUUCUUCAGAUUCUUUUGGGACUGCGUUCUUUAGCAUUUUUUUCAGAAGCAUCUUCAAAAUCUCCCCAUCUUCUCAUUUUUCGAAUAUCUUUCCAUGUCUGGAUUCUUUACAUGCCAUGUUAGUUGUGGCUUCUUGAGCAUUCAUCCUAGAUGUGCUCGGGUGCUCUGGAAAUGCCUUACUUUAGAAAGCCUUGCCUUUUGGAGCAAAGAUGGAAGUUGAACACAGAAUGCCUCCUUGGCCUCAGGACACUGAAGAAAGACUUCCCUUCUCUCAGCCGUUCCUCCCUCCCUCUUGGGGUCUUCUCAGCCUGGCCAUCCUUAGUCCCACCCCAUGUUUCGACAGGGAUUCAGUGGCCACCAACACACCUUCCAUCGAAGGUUUGAGUGCACAGAUAGUUUCCUCAAGACAUCUGGGUGUCUCUCUAAGAGAAGGAGCUUCCUGACUGGCCCAAGCUUUGAACAGUCUCCAAAGUCUUCUCCUACCUUGAUCAGCACCAGCUCAAAAUCCAUGGGAUGAAACAUUUUGGUAAUGAGCACUCCCCCUUGGGGCAUUCCACAAGCAUUCCAACAGUCCAACUGCUUUUAUUACAGAGCCAGCCCCUACCUGUAGUGCCCCCUCUUCGAAGACCCUUCCGUUGAAACUGAGCUACCUCACUAUGCGAUUUCUAGCUUCUAAUUUCAUCUUCAUCCAAAAGCAUUAUUGCACAAUCCAGAGUCCCUCUUCAAAUAACUGCAAAGCCCAUCUGCUUUAAGAUUCCCUUGGUUUAUCUUUGUAAAACUUGACCAUAAAUUCUGUCUGGGGAUCUCAUAAUCAUGCAAAAUUAGAAGCUGUAUAAAGGCCUCCGCUAUGAUGUCAGUAGGCAAACCAGUUGCAUUUACAUUUGUAGUUCUGUCUUCAACGUGAAGCCUUCCUUUUAUCUCCUCUUUUCAAGAUCAGUGGGUUUGAGGCUCUUUUCUGCAGAGUUUCUUAGCAUUGCCGGCACCUCUCGUAUGUUGGCCACAGACCAGAUGUGCCGGUGCUGAGAAGCUGUACGUGGCCCGAUGCGCGGUGAUCUCACACCUGCCACCUUGCCCAGGUGCCAGCCGGCCGCUGCCCGGAAGAUUGGCUUUCUCCACUGGGAUUCUUGCUGUCUCUGUACAGUUCAUUCACAGUUGCUCAU